CCUCGAAACACAGGUAACCCAACGAAUUUACAGCUGUCUCCUAGUAUCCCACAGUGCACAGGGGUCAUUACCCAUGAUGCGUAGCGUGUGUAGGAGGGUUUCAUGGCUGAUUCUGACGAAGAACGAACCAAGGCAAAACUAGUAGUGAACCAGCACUAUGACGAGACAGUUGAAGUCAACGACGACGAGGAAGUAGCCAGUACCUUUACCCCUAGUCCACGCCCGGGCGGAGCAUCAAGGCCAGGUUACGCUCCUGGUCGGGAUUCAAUGUCUAUGACUGACCAAAGUGACGAUGAGUUCAACCAUGACAAUCUAGAACAGGGCAAGAGCCAGCCAGAUUAUCAUCAGGGUGGUGGUGCGAUGACAAAUCCUGCUAAUAAUGCACCUCCGCCCCGCCGCCCUCCUCCACAAAGCAUGGGAGGAGAUGAUGAUGAUGAUGACGAGGAUGAUGAACAGAGUGACAGCUCAGAUGAUGACGACGAUGACGAUAACAAUCAUGGACCUGCUGUUGAAGGAGCAUAUGACCCUGCAGACUAUGAACACUUGCCUGUCAGUCAAGAGAUCAAAGAGCUGUUUCAGUACAUCACCAGAUACACGCCUCAGUCUAUCGACCUGGAGCACAAACUGAAGCCCUUCAUACCUGAUUUCAUCCCUGCUGUCGGGGAUAUUGAUGCCUUUAUCAAGGUGACUCGUCCUGAUGGAAAACCUGAGACCCUUGGUCUCAUUGUACUGGAUGAACCCACGGCAAAACAGUCAGACCCAACAGUGCUUGACCUACAACUAAGGACCAUCUCAAAGCAGACGAAUCUCAAAGCUAUGACUGUGAGAAGUAUUGAAGAUCUGGACCAGAACCCAAAAGCUAUUGAUACCUGGAUUGACAGCAUAAGGGAGCUUCACAGGCAGAAGCCAGCACCCACAGUGCAUUACCAACGAAAUAUGCCAGAUAUCGAGACACUAAUGCAGGAAUGGCCGUCUGAAUUUGAGGACCUACUCAAUACUGUUGGUCUCCCCACUGCUGAUCUAGAUGUUGAUUUGCCACAGUAUGUGGAUCUUGUGUGUGGCAUUUUAGACAUCCCAGUGUCUGUCAAUCGAAUCCACUCGCUACACGUGCUGUUCACCCUAUUCUCAGAAUUCAAGAACUCCCAUCAUUUUCACCAGCUGGCUAGUCAGAACCAGCUAUCCAACGAGUUGAAGAAGCCAAGUGUGACAGACAUGGGGGAGUUGUCGGCAGGAGUAGAUAGCCUUAGUAUGGACAACUCGCAGACCAUGACCUUUGAGUAGUAUCUGUUGGUCAACAUAUGAGAGGGGUGGGUGGGCCAGACAAUGAUAAAACACGAACCAUGACCUUUAAGCCUGCGUAGCAAGCGUUUCUUUGAAGUUUUAGCAGGAAUAGAAAGCGAGCAAAGAGUUUUGUUCGCUCAGUUUUGUCCUUUAUUUCCGUUGAAACUCCACAGAAACGCUUGUUACGCAGAGUAAACCUUUGGGUAGCAUCUUUCGGUCGACAUGGAAGAACUGGGUUGGUAGUUCGAGUAUGGAUACCUCACAGACCGUGACCUAUGAGUAGUAUCUUUUUUCUACAUAUGGGAGGGGUGGGUGAGUAGGUCAAGCAUGGACAACUCAUAAACCAUGACCUUUGAGUAGCGUCUUUUGGUCGACAUAUGGGAGGGAUGGGUUGGUAGGUCAAGCAUGGACAACUCAUAAACCAUGACCUUUGAGUAGCAAUCUAGGAGUGUCUUUGGCUCUAGUGCAAAUAAAAUUUCCAGACAAAUGUUUAAGAAUUUUCUGUUAUAGUCAUAUGCCAAUCAAAAUAUUUUUUUUUCUGUUUUGAAUGCUAUCACUAGGUUCUUAAAUCUAGAGACCAUGCCUUUUUGCUAUCUUUAAACACGAAGUUCCGCUAUGAAAGGGGAAGCUCCUCCAACCCCUGGCUCAAUUUUGCAAUUAUAAUCAGAACACUGCCACGCUAUCUGAUUGUUCUUGAGCCCGGGGUUGGGAGGAGCUUUCCUUUUUAUAGCGGAACCUCGUGUUAAGGGCUAAAAUUGCAUUGACCACACCCAUUUCGCUAUCCCUAAGGGUUAAGAUUAAUCGAGUCCCCCCUCUUGCGUUUGUCAGCGUCUGUAGUAGAUAGUGGUAAUAUUGUACUUUACAAUAGACUGAACAUUUGUAAAUAUAAAGCAACCAUAUACUCUUAAGAACCAGACGUUUCUGGUUAUUUAAAUAAACUUAUAAUAAAACAA